CCAGUUCUCAGCUGUUUUGUCUUUUAAACUCCCGUGAGGAAAUAAACAAGUACACAGCCUUCACACCCAAACAGGAGAGAAGAGGAAGAAAGCUAUUGAGAAGAAACCCAAUUUCCCAAUUUGUUCUUGUCUUGACUCUCCAAUUGUUUCUAACAAUGGCCAAAUUCUUCAGUUAUUGUAUACUUCUCUCGAUCUGUGUGAUCAUGAUCCUGAUGAGCAGAUCAUCCUCCGUAGAUGCGAUGGGGGACCUUCGUAUUGGGUGGAUACCCACCGCAAAGCCAAUCUGCAAGGGCUCCAUUGCAGAGUGCUUAGCAGGGGAAGAGGAGUUCGAGCUGGACUCGGAGAUCAACAGGCGGAUUCUAGCAACCAGCAACUACAUCAGCUAUGGUGCGCUGCAGAGGAACACUGUCCCAUGCUCUCGCCGCGGGGCCUCCUACUAUAAUUGCCAGUCUGGGGGUCAGGCCAAUCCUUAUAAUCGCGGAUGCAGUGCCAUUACAAGGUGCAGAGGUUGAGAUUUUAAUUUUAUUUUUUUCCACUUUUUAAUAUUUUCCUUGGAGAGGGGUUUGAUUGUUAUAGGGGGGAUGGGAAGAUUGGUGUUGAUGGGUAUUUGCUGUUGUUAAUGGAGAUAUGGUUUUGCACAAUUAUAUAUGUUUGGAUGUCUUUGUAUAAUCUUCUUCUUUUCCUCUUAAAUUGUCUCUAAAAUGAUCCACCUUAAUUUUUGGAA